GGCUCAGUUUCGUUUCUCUUUACUGACAUUGAAAAUGGCUUCUGCUGGUCUAAACGAUGAGCUUACCUGCUCUAUAUGCCUGAGUAUCUACACAGAUCCUGUGAUGCUACCGUGUAAACAUCAUUUCUGUAAGGAAUGCAUUUCUACCACUCUGAACAGUCAGAGAAAGUCUGGACUUUACAGAUGCCCUGAAUGCAGAGCGGAGUUUAAACAUCGGCCAUCUCCACAGAAAAACCUGAAGCUGAGUAAUAUUGUAGAACAUUAUCUUUGUACCCAGCAAAAAGAGGGAAAAUCCGAGGUCUUUUGUACUUACUGCACUAAAUCUCCAGUGCUUGCCGUGAAAACAUGUCUACAUUGUGAAGCCUCCUUGUGUGACAUGCACCUGAGAACCCACAGUAAGUCUGAGAAACAUCUAUUAAUUGAACCCACUGCCUCCAAGGCAGAAGCAAAUAAAUGUAUAAUCCAUAAUGAGCUCCUAAAGUACUUUUGCUCUCAAGAUUCUGCACUGAUCUGUUUGAACUGUUGUAAAGAGGGCAAACACCAGGGGCACAAGUUGGAACUGAUAAGCGAUGCAUUCGAGAAAAAAAAGACAACACUAUUUGAAUUUCUAAAGAAGAUAAAUUCAAGAACAACUGAAAAUGACAAACAACUGUGGAUGCUGCAGGAGCGCAAAAAGAGGGUGCAUGGCAAGGCAAGUGACAUGAAAGAAAGAGUGACUGCAGUGUUCACAGACAUAAGAGAAGAGAUCUUGGCAUUAGAAAAUAAAGUAAUAAAUGAAGUACUAAGACAAGAAGAAAAACUCUCAUGUCCCCUGGCAGAUCUAAUACAGAAGUUAGAAAUGGAAAAAGCUGAUUUGCGUGCAAAAAAGUGUCGUGUUGAAGAGUUAUGUAGUGUCACAGAACCUCUAACCCUCCUUAAGCAACCUGCCAUCAGAAGUGAUCUUGGAAAAAAACAUUUGGAGAAAGCAGAUAGUGAUGAUUUUGACGAACUAACCAUUGAGAUGACAUUGCAGAAAGGCCUCUCCAUACUGUCUGACACUAUUCCCAGACUGAAAAAAUCAAAGGGCUUCUUUAUGGAAGACAACUCUGACAUGAUUCUGAAUGUUGACACGGCUGACCUUAACAUUGCUCUUUCACCUGAUUUACGAAAUGCUGCUUACUGCCAGAAAGAAAAGUCACGGCCACAUCAUCCAGAGAGGUUUAUGACUCAACAAGUGUUAAGCAAAAAUAAAUUUUCAUCAGGACAACAUUAUUGGGAAGUAAAAUGUGCCAAUACAGGAGACUGGGACAUAGGUGUGACAUAUAACAGUGUCAAGAGGAAAGGUGACAUGUCACAGAUCGGAAGCAAUAACAAGUCUUGGUGCUUAAGCUGGGUGGAUCAAGAAUUUACAGCAGACCAUGAUGAUGAGUCAGAAGAUUUAUGUACAGAACCAGACUAUUUACAUUUUGGAAUAUAUCUAGAUUAUGAGCGUGGGUGGUUGUCUUUUUAUGAAUUAUCUGAUCCAGUCAAACAUUUAUAUACUUUCAAGGCAACUUUCACAGAACCACUGCAUGCUGGCUUCUUUAUUGGGGACGGUAGCUGGAUACAUAUUGGGAAAUAAUAAUAGAAUCUGUAAUCUGUAAUUCAGAAUGAUCAGAUCUCCAUACAUUUAGUCUACUAAAAGCAAUGCAAUCCAAUAUAAUUAUUUUGCUACCUAUAUAGAAUAAUGCAGCUUAGUUAGGAUCAAGUGCAAGGUACUUUUUCAUUAUUACUAAGAAGAAGGGGAUUAUUAAAAAAAUUAGAAUGAUUUGCUUGAAACAGAGAUUUAUUAGGAGCAAAAUCAUAUAAAAACAUUGACAUCUGAAAGCUGGUGAGUUCAUGUAGAAGUCAAUAGGAGUUGUAUUUUCAAAUUUAAGCUAUUUUUCAAUUUGAGUUUUCAAGAUUUAUACACAAUUUGGCAGACUCAUUGAAAAUCUCAACCAUUUCACUGAGCACUGAGUUGCUCUUGAAUUAUAUGUAUACUGAAAGAAUCUAACUGUGUUUUGCCCCAGAUUAUUUAAUAUAUUUCACAAUUAUUACCUUGCUGCUUUAGACUUUAAUACAAAUGAUUGUCUUUUGCACCAUUACUGAUUAAGGAGGACAAAAACCUCCCAAUAUUCUGCCUAAUGCAAACAGUUUAUAAUUGUAAGGAAUUAUGCAUUAUGCAUUCAUUUUAAAUAUUCAUUGGUUCAAGUGAUUUGAAAAUGUAAUUGUUAUUUCAAGCAGCAGGUCACUAGCAGAAAUGGGCAGACAGUCACUGCUUUAAUUAGUUAUAUUUACAUGUAUGUUUGAUGUUUGCCAUCAGUAAUCUCAGGGCCCUAUAUGACUGUCUCAACCCCCCUGUUCCUCUCAUCAUCACAGCCCCUAUCCACCAAUUCUCUGCCCCUUUAGCUGAGGUUCCAUCCCUUUUGCACAGUCCCUCUUUUCACUGGGCACUGACUGGACUUCUUCCUUCACCCCACCUGAGAUAGGGAAAAAAAAUAAAACCAGUUUGUUAGAAUAUUACUGUCUGUCACUGUCUACAUCAGUACUAAAAGUUAUUAUUACAAUUCAUGACCUCUGUGUAAAUUCAUACAUAUAUUUUAUGUCUCAUCCUAUAGGUAUGCAGUAAUCAAUGUAAUGUCAACAACUAUGGAUAGUGUAAUUACUUAGCAAUUGUACUGGAGCAGUGUACACAUUUGGUGCUUUGCAUAUGCGCUGCAUUAAUACUAUAUACUUUUUUUAAUCUAUUAAAAUCACAUAAAAAUAUAACAUCUACAUGUUAUAUAUUUAGAACCUUAUCAUCAUCAUUUUAUGAAGUUCAAAUUGCUGUAAUAAAUUGUGUGUAUCAUUUGCUCAUUUAUUGUAAUAAUAAAAAUGUCUUGAUUAGCUUAA